AUGGUGGACACUCAAUAUUUGCUGAAUCGAGUCUACAAUUUCCAUCAUGUCUUGUUUGCGGAUCUUGCUGGUAAAGCUGAGGACCUUCUGAACAGGGUUGACCAAGGGGGGCUGCAACAGCUCUUAGUAAAAAGAAAACUCAGUAACAUCAUAUAUAACACAGACCCUGAAUAUUCUGAACUACACCAACAAAAUACAGACUUGACAUAUCAGACUGUAUCUAAAGCUAAUUACAUUUCUUCUGCAGCAGAUCACAUUAGACAUCAGAAGGCUACCAUUUUAGCAGGGACUGCAAAUGUGAAAGUGGGAUCUAGGACAUCAGUGGAGUCUUCCCACCUGAGUGAUACAUCUGCUCCUAGGCCUUCUUCAUUUGUUAGAAGAAAAAAGUCUGAACCUGAUGAUGAACAGCUAUUUGAUUUCAAUAGUUCAGAGAAGGAACCUAAUGGAAGGGUUGAAACUAAAAAAGAAAGGGGCAAGGCAGCUAUUCAAAGUCAUUCUCGGACAUCAAGCAUUAGUUCUGUGUCUACCGGUACACCCAGCAUCAAAACUACUGAAGAAAACUCCACCAGGAGUCAAGGCCAUGAAACCUCUGACAGUUCAGAUUCUGGAGUAGGAGCUCAAGUGGAUGCUGCAAAGGAAACUACAUCCCUGAGUGCUAGAUCUAGUGAUGAAAGCCUUUCUGCUAAUAAUGAUGGCAGGUCACAGGAAUUGUCAAAUCUUCGAUUGGAGAAUCAACUACUAAGGAAUGAAGUGCAAUCUUUAAAUCAAGAAAUGGCGUCAUUAAUUCAGAGAUCCAAGGAAACACAAGAAGAAUUAAGCAAGGCAAGAGCAAGGGUGGAGAAAUGGAAUGUAGACCAUUCUAAGAAUGAUCAGGUAGUUCGAGAACUUCGAGCUCAAGUUGAUGAUCUGACUGAAGCAAUAGGUGCAAAGGAUUCGCAGCUGGCUGUGCUGAAAGUGAGAUUGCAGGAAGCUGAUCAACUGCUGAAUACUCGAACUGAAGCCUUGGAAGCACUACAGAGCGAAAAAUCACGAUUACUGCAAGAUCACAGUGAAGGAAACAGUAUGCAAAAUAAAGCUUUGCAAACUCUACAAGAAAGACUACAUGAUGCUGAGUCUGCCUUGAAGCGGGAGCAGGAUAGUUACAAGCAGAUGCAGAGUGAGUUCUCUACUCGCCUCAGUAAAGCAGAAAUGGAGCAUCAGAAUUUGGCAGAAGCAGUCACCACAGCAGAAAGAAAAUAUGUGGAAGAAAAAAGGAGAGCUGAUGAAUUGCAGCAGCAGGUCAAAAUAUCCAAGACCAAUGUUGAAUCCCUUAAACAAGAACUGACUGAUUACAAACAAAAAGCUUCUCGCAUACUCCAAUCUAAAGAAAAAUUGAUUAGUAGCUUGAAAGAAGGCUCUGGUUUUGAAGGACUGGAUAGUCAUACUGCAAGUACUAUGGAAUUAGAAGACCUUCGGCAUGAGAAAGAGAUGCAAAGAGAAGAAAUACAAAAAUUGAUGGGCCAGUUACAGCAGCUUCGAACUGAGUUACAGGACAUGGAAAGUCAGCAGGUAAGUGAAGCUGAAUCUUCAAGGGAACAGCUGCAAGACCUCCAAGAGCAAAUGGCUGAACAGAGAGCAGCUAGACAGGAAGUAGAAGCUGAGCUAGAACGCCAGAAGCAGGAAUUUGGUUAUAUAGAAGAAGAGCUUUAUCGAAAAAAUACACUACGAGCAGAAAUUAAAGAUCGAGAAGAUGAAAUCCAGAAACUCAGGAAUCAGCUCACCAACAAAACUAUAAGCAAUAGCAGUCAGUCAGAGCUAGAAAAUAGACUUCAUCAGCUGACUGAGACUCUGAUACAGAAGCAAACCAUGCUGGAGAAUCUUAGCACCGAAAAGAAUUCUCUUGUCUAUCAGCUGGAGCGGCUUGAGCAACAGAUAAAGUCUGUUCCUGGGCAUAAUGGAUCUUCUAUUAAUAUGUCUGGAAUUGAUGGUGUUGAAGGAACACGUGUACGAAAUGUUCCUGUUCUUUUCAGUGAUUCAGAAACCAACAUGGCAGGAAUGUAUGGUAGAGUACGCAAAGCUGCCAGUACUAUCGACCAAUUUAGCAUCCGUCUAGGAAUCUUUCUCCGAAGAUAUCCCAUUGCACGAGUAUUUGUAAUUAUAUAUAUGGCUUUGCUUCACUUCUGGGUCAUGAUUGUUCUACUUACUUAUACACCAGAAAUGCACCAUGACCAUCCAACUGGCAAAUGAGCUGAGCCAGAUUGUUGGAAUAAUCAGUCUUUUCCCUGGGACUUUGGAACUGCUAAAAGUCUGUGGCCUGAAAUGUUCAAGAAGGACAUAUAUCAUUAUCUGUUUUAGUACUACUUUCAAUUUUUAAAUUAUUGAACAAAUAUCAUGCUCUGCAAUUUCCUCCUCUGAUUUUUUUAAAAAAUGGUAACAGUCUCUUAGAAAGAUAUAAGCUCACUUUCACCUUUGCUUUUCAGAAAGUUAAUGGUCUAGUGUGAUAUACACAUAAUGAAUUUUCAUAAAAAUACCAGGCUAGACCAGUUUGGUUUAGCAGAUACUGUAUUUUAGGUCAUUACUGAUUAUGGGAUAUAAUCAGGGAAACUAAUUGUAUUUAGAUAUAUAAAUAAAAGUUUUAGUUACUCUGCACUUACAUUUACAUGUUUUUUACUUUGUAAAUUUUCCCCUCUCUUCAUGGUAAAGGCCUGAUUGGCUGGUACAAUAUCUUUUCAUAAAUACAGGAAUAAAACCUAAUGUACAUCUUUUUCUUUCUCCUUUUUUUUCCCAAGAGUUUUGUGUUGUUCAAUCUAAUAUACCUUCCCAAAUGAUAUGAUACUCAGCAAAGAUUGGCAAACUAUCACACUUAAUGGUAUUGAAGCCACAAGUUGCUUUCAGAACAUUCCCACUAUGUGUAUCUCUUUUGUUUUUCCUACCCUAUCUUCCUCUUUCUGUUUCCCUUUGUUUUAUCAUCUUCCUUUUUACUAUCUUUUUCCUUCUCCCUUGUCUGUGCCUUAGGCCAUCCUGUGGCAUCCAUGAGCAUAGCUUUGCUCCAAUAAUGACACUCGGGAAUCAAGCCUGUUUUAGCUACUACUUGUGCCUUCACAUUUUUAUGCUCAAACAAAGGGCUUAUCCAAUUGUUAUUUUGAAAAAUGACUUUUUUUUCUUUUAGAGAUUAGUGUAGGGAGCAUUGCAACUUUCUACCUACUUACCUGUAUUUCUGAGCUGUUAUGAAUACUCUCUCCCCCUUUUUUUUUUUUUUAGUGAGGCAAUUGGGGUUAAGUGACUUGCCCAGGGUCACACAGCUAGUAUGUGUUAAGUGUCUGAGGCCUGAUUUGAACUCAGGUACUCCUGACUCCAGGGCCGGUGCUUUAUCCACUGCGCCACCUAGCUGCCCCCAGCUGUUAAGAAUACUGAUGAAGAUAAUACACUUGGACAUUUUAUAGUUGCCAUAUUGCUAAGAUAUGUCUGUUUUAAUUCCUUGUUUGGUGGUUAAUAGAAAUAUAUAAAACAGUUAAUUUUCUUCUAACUUUUAAUUUUAUUAAUUUAGACUUUUUCUCCAAGUUACAUGUAAAAACAAAUUUUAACAUCA